AUGACAAAUACCGAUGACGAGUAUGCCGACGACGACAAGAAAGAAGACGCUGACUUUCACGGCGAGGAAAAGAAGACGUCCUCCUCUCGUAGGGGAAUGAGCAAAUCACCUUCGUUGGUGAAACGAUUCUUCAUCUUUACAAGUUUGUCUUUAACUCCGGGACGAGGACAAAAUGAUGCGGAGGAAAACAAUGAUAAUGAAAAGAAUAAAAGAAAGUGCCUCUUCGUGCACGGCUGGCGGUCAAACGCGCGCGUGAGCAAAGAACACGCGAAGCAUUUGAAUUUAGAUACCAAAUUUCAACAGAUACACCUAAUCAAGGGGACAAAACAUUCCAACGAAGCGUCGGAUGAACUCACGGAAGGGAUGUUUUUAGGUCCCUGGUUUUCGUGGGUCGACGAUAUCAAUAACGAUGAUAUUGAUGGGAAGGGUAAAGAGGAGGAUCUGGUAAAAGCGUUAAGAUACGUGGUGAAAUUCGUGAGAAAACACGGGCCGUACGCCAGCGCGGUUGGAUUUUCGCAAGGCGGAGCGCUCGUCGCGUUGUUGUCGAGGAGGGAGGUUUUGGAGAAAUUGGGCGUGGAAGGGGACGUGUUUUUGUGGAAGAGCGCGACGGUGGUGUGUGGAGCGAGCGUAGGGCUGAUUGAGGUGGCGGAGAGGGCGUUGGGGAUACGUUUGGUGAACGACGGCGAACGUAUCGCCGACGACGAGGACGUUCUGCCGUCGCUUCACAUAUUCGGGCUUCAAGACGAGCGGAAGCCGCAGGGUGAACGGUUGAUGAAGUUGUUCGAAGCAAAGAUGCCAUCGUCGAAACAACUCGUGCGCCACUGCUUGUACUUUGAUGGAGGACACGGCGUGCCAAAGUCGAUCAUGUCAGACGAAGGGUUCCACGCGGAAUACGACGCGUGGUUGAAAAACGCGCUUUCUUUGUCUUUGGCGGUAGAAGACGGUCCGAAGAAAAUUGGAAACACUGCGGUGGCAAAUGUGCUCCAUCGCGCGCUUUCAAGGAAAGUCACCCAUCGCGGCAACGAGAUGUUUUUGCGCGGCGAUAGCACGCACGGGUCGUCAGACAAAGAAAGAUUAGACAGACGGCGCGGGAACGUCUCGGAGGACGACGUGAUGGAACGCGGCGAAGGCGAAACAGAGAAUAGUAACACUACCUUCUCGACGGUCAAAAGAUUGAAUGCCGUACCUCGAGACGAAACCGUCGAGACGAGAACGACCCCAAGUGGGCACGCGCUUAAUUUUAUUCGCAACGCAUGCUCAGUUGCGAAUUGCGACGCUGACGUAAACGUCAGGAAAAGUCGGUUUAAAGGUAUAUUGGAAAUGCUUCGGGCCGCGCCGGCGUCGGCGCCGCUUCUUCGAGACGUGGACGCCUCGCACGCGCCCAUGUCGUAUGGCGCGAUGAUUGAUUUUAUCACGACAGGCGAAGGUGACUUGCGCAAAAUCGGCGCGACACAAAGCACCGUCGUCGCAUACAACGUUCCAACUGGAGCUGUUGGAGCGAGCGCGUUCUUAUCCGUGGCGUCGCAGUGCGUGGCGGUUCCUUUGGAUCCAGGGAUCACAGAAGCGGACGCGCUUGAAGCCAUGAUGUCAUGUAAAGUAACACUAGUUGCUCUGUUUCGAGAUGCGGAUACUGCUGAGAUAGAAAAAGCAGCCACAAAGGCAAACAUUCCUAUAAAAUGGUACGUCAUCGCUGCCGGGGAUAAACCAGCGGGCUGGUUUUACCCAGAACAAGAGGAAGAUAUUUUGCCGUCGGAACCGCCACUCGUCAACGCCGCUGAAGGGGUAGGAUUACUCUUGAGAACUUCCGGCACGACAUCGAAAGCGAAGGUUGUUCCACUCACACUUGGAGCGCUCGCAUCGAACGGUAGCGAGUUAGCAGCUUCGUUGGAACUCACCUCCGCUGACGUGUGUAUCAAUGCGAUGCCGCUGUUCCACAUCGGUGGUUUGUCGUGUUCAAUCUUAGCGACGGUAGCGUCGAAGGCCUCCGUCAUUUGUUGCCACAAAUUCGACGCUCAAGUAUUUUACGAAACCAUCGUUACUGACAACACGUUGAGACCGACGUGGUAUUCUGCUGUUCCAACUAUUCACAUCGCCGUGUUGCAAUACGGCAAAGCGAUUUCGCGAGGGGCGAAACCCAAACACUCGUUACGGUUUAUUCGAUCUGGCGCGGCGGCGUUAAGUCAAGCGGACGCGGAAAAACUUCAAGCGUUCUGGAACGUUCCAAUAAUUCCGACAUACUCUAUGUCGGAGCAAAUGCCUAUAUCGGGUAAAAACAUUCAUCUCGAGCUUGCCGAACGUCCAAAUACAGUUGGCCAGCCGCUGAUUUGUUCAGUCGCGCUCGUGAACGAUUUAAAUUGCAGAGCUACCGCUCCGUUUGGAACGCAAGGUGAACUCGUCAUUAGCGACGAUAACGUCAUGACCGGGUAUAAAGACGCAGCGGAGGCGAAUAAUAAGACGUUUUUUUAUCUCGGCGACAAGAGAUACUUAAGAACUGGGGAUAUAGCAAAGAUGGACAGCGAUGGUUUCAUUUAUCUCACCGGUAGGUCCAAAGAACUUAUCAAGCGCGGCGGCGAACAAGUCAGUCCACUGAAAGUCGAAGCUGUAUUGGCAAAACACCCAGACGUCCACGUCGCCGUCGUAUUCGGAGUGGAAUCUCCUCUAUGGGGCGAGGAAGUCGGCGUCGCGAUUGUCCUCAAAGAUGACGUUACUAAUAUAGACGCAUCGCUUCGCUCUAUUCGUGAAAUGACCACGGCGUCGAAAGAACUCAGUCGCUUCGAAAAUCCCGCGUAUUGGAAAAUUGUGAAAGACGACGACUUACCCAAGACGUCCACGAAAAAGUAUAAGCGCGCCGGUCUCGCCAAUCACCUCAACAUCGCGCAACGAAACCUCGUGUCCUCAUGCAGUCGCAAAAAAGGAGGGAGUGCGAAACCGGCGGUAAUCUCUUCCGGCCUCGCUGGUCUUCGAUACUGUAUGGCCGUAGGGGUUAUGUUUAAUCACAUCGGCGGAGUUUGGCAAGGGGAGGACGAGAGGAAUCCGUUGACCUACGGUCCAUAUUGGUGGUCCGCAAAAGCGACGACGUUUUACUUUCCAGCGACGGUAUUUUUUGUCCUCGGCGGCUUUACGCUCUCGGCGGCGCUCAACGGCAAAGAGGUUCGUGAAGGAACGUGGCUAUCGUUUUAUAACUCGAGAUUUCAGACGCUCAUGCCGUUAUAUUUACUUUCGCUCGCGUUUGGUUUAAUCAACAUGUUAGUUGUCUGUCGCCCAAAUACGUUCAGCGACGAAUUUAGCUGGCAGCCGCACAAUUCGACUAUGACCCUGGCCUCUGGCGCCGCCGCGCAGUGCCACACGAGUCCUGUUGAAAUGCCAUACGGUGCGUGGUUGAUCAUGACAAUUUUUGUUUUUGCGUUUGGAUUUCAAACAUGGUUUCCUUUAUGGCUCCUGUCAUCGUGGAUGAUGUAUUAUACGUGGUUCAACGGCGUUUACUACUUCAUAAUCGUGGUUUUCCCUUGGAUGCACAACGCCUUGUGUCGCGUUCGAGGCGAUACUAAAGCGAUACUUAAAUGGGGUCUCGUAUACACGUUCUUGAUAUUCGCCACGGCGGCUUUGCUUGGCGUGUAUUACGCCUUGCCUUCUUGGCAAGACUACGACGAUUUAGGCUCGUCCAAGAGUUGGGAAAAGAAUUUACAAAACAUAUACGCCUUAUCGACGAUGAUGUUUCCGCCAUAUUGGGUACCAUCUGUAGGGAGCGGUAUGGUUGCGUACUUCUGGUACGACGCGGUCAGGCCGAACGAGAGUCACGAUAGAAAACGUUACGGGAGAAUGGCAGAUUGUCUCACGCUCGCGUUCUUCGCUUUCCACCUCGCGCAUUUUUUUGACAUCGAUUGGCCGUACCCGACGACCCUGGUCGGCAAAAUGUGGAAAACGCACCCGGACGAGCAUCAUCUGUGGGAUACCGGAAUCAAACGGUACGUGUGGUCGGUAAUGAUUACGCGUUUAUACUCACCCUUACUCGCGGUUUGGAUCGCUCUUCUUGCCGUGCCCCGGGGUAGUAUCACUGGUCGACUUCUCGAAGGCAACGUGCUGAGUAAAACGCUCGCACCAACUUCGUACGGGUGCUUCCUUUUCCAUCAAAUCAUCGGACAGUGGUACUGGUGGGCGACGCGAUCAGGAAAUAACGUCACAUCCAAGGAAGUCGAUUUAGGAAACUCCGACGCGUGGUCGUGGUGGGCGUACCCGAAAGAAUACUACUGGUUCAGCCCGCAGCCGCUUCCUGUCGCGUGGUACGAGUUCUUCUUCGUCGUUGGCUUAGUCACCAUCUUUAGCGCAUUUAUCGACCGCGCGUUGAAUUCUCACCUUACUCUCCUUUGGGUGAAAACGAUGAACUUUUUCCAAAACAUAUUCUGGCCGAGCCGAUCGGUCUCCGGCUCCGUCGCGAUAGAGAGCGCGACUCCAGAGAGUAUAGUCCGAAACGCAGUCAAAGCGCUCACGGGUGUCGAAAGCGACAUAUCUUUGGACGAUUCGUUCGAUGAGAUUGGUUUAGUUUCCGUCGGAUUACCUAUUCUGGUCGGCUUGAUCAACUCUGAAGAUAAAUCCGCCUCCGUAACCGUCGCCGACGUCGCCAACUGCGCGACGCUGAGAGACUUGGUCUCCGCGCUCGAGAAAAAACGUGCAGUCGCCGAAAGUGCGGCUGGCGUUGGCGCUCGUAAUGAUCUUUAA